AUGGUCACCGGGCUGGGCCCUGUACGCCUCGGGCGGAGUAGUGUGCCCCUCGGCCGAGCCGACGGCGCAGGCGCGGAGAGCGCACGUGUGGCGGCGGGCGGUAUCUGCUGGUGGCCGCCGCGCUCUGCUUGUGCAUUUGGAGGUACUUCUUACUCGAAGAACACUUCCCCCACUCCCCCUUUUAUUUUGUUUGUAAACUUUCAGUGCAAUAGUGUGGUUGAUGGUAAUGUUGAAGAAGUCCCCAACAAGAAGAUAAUUAAGUUUAAUCCUCCAUUAUACAAACAGCGUUACCAAUUCGUUAAAAAAUUAGUGGAGCAACAUCAACCCAAGAAGGUUGCAGACUUGGGGUGUGGUGAUGUAUGCCUCCUAAUGAUAUUAAAAUACCAAAAGUGCAUUGAAGAGCUUGUUGGAGUGGAUAUCAAUGAAGGGAGACUUAAAUGGAAUGGGUCUAGGCUGUCCCCAUGCAUGGGGGACCAUCUGGAUCCUCGAGAGCUGGAUUUAGUUAUUACCUUGUAUCACGGUUCUGUUUUGGAGAAAGACUGUCGUUUGCUUGGAUUUGAUUUGGUAGCAUGUAUUGAAUUAAUAGAACAUUUUGAUUCAGAAGAUCUGGCGAAGUUUCCUGAAGCCGUAUUUGGGUACAUGUCUCCAGCCAUGAUUGUCAUCAGCACACCGAACUCUGAUUUCAAUUCCCUGUUUCCAUCUGCAGUCUUCAGAGAUUCAGAUCACAAAUUUGAGUGGAGUAGAAUGCAGUUUCAGACCUGGGCUUUAGACGUGGCCAAUCACUAUAGUUACUCUGUGGAGUUUACUGGUGUGGGAGAACCACCAGCAGGAGCUGAGGAUGUUGGAUGUUGUACCCAGAUAGGGAUCUUCCGGAAAAUAGCAAAGGCAACUGAAUCUGCUGUUUUGGAGCACCAUGGCGAACAUGUUUAUGAAGUUAUUUAUACGACCUCAUACCCGAGUUUACAGCAAAUGGAUUACUGUAGACGUGUAGUGACUUAUCUAGUGUACCGAGAGGUGGACAGAAUGAAACGGAGAUAUCAAGUGAGUCUGAGACAGCAUGAAUUGGAACCUGAGUCUGCAGAUACUGGCAACCCAACAAGAAAAUUCAUCUCAGACCCUCCAGUUCCAGUACUCACAGAGGCAGACAAAGCCAUGGAGAUGAUUCCCCAACCCUUCUGUAUUGGAGAUAAGUUUUACGUACCUCUGGAGAGAAUCAUUGCUUAUCCCAGGCUGGGGCACAUAUGUGGUAAUGUAGAGAAGCUGAGAGAGUUCCUUGCUGAUGUAGUAGAACUGAACUGCGAUGGUUCUGCAGUGAAGGUUGACUUGCAUGAUUGUGGUGACUACUGAGCCUUCUUUAUUUCCUGACAUUCAGGGUCUUAGCAAUAAUUGGGCUCAUUUUAGAAUUUAAACUUUGUGCAGCCAUAAUUCAGGUAACUUUUAAUUUGAAACUCACCUAACUUUUUUUUUCU